AUGUGGGGGAUCAAAACUAAAUCUGUAUGUUAUGUGUGGAAUGUGUUGAAUAUAACAUAGAAUUUCAUUGGAUUCAGAUGUCCUAUUUGUGUCAUCUGCCAUAUGAUGUGUUUGGGGUGCGUUACCACAGAGAGCUGUUUUUGCAUAGGACUAAAAGAAGCAGCCAAGCAAGGCCCAACCAUUUUACAGGGCCUGCAGCACCUUAUUUUACAGUGUUUAGAGAAACGGUUUGCAUAGUGUUUUCACCAACCCGAAAUGUCUACAAAUUCUUUAAAUCCACUAGCAGAUCUUACAACCGUGUUUACAUGUAACAGUCCGCUGAUUAUAAUGUGCCAUCAUGUUGACAGUAUAUAAAUAAUACUAUUAGAUACAGUGGAGCAGAUUAUAUGAGGUCCUGUUAGUGUUGAAGAUAAUCCUGGCCACAUACAUUAACUUGUGAAUUGGUUUAAGAAUAGGGUAAGAACAUAUAAUUAGUAUAUAUCACCUAAUGUGUAUGUUUCCAUGCUUUAUUUCUUAGUAUAAGUUUACAUUUUAGUUAUAUUUAUUGUUAAAGCUAUUUGUAUACAGGGUUAUUUUUUUCCAUACACUAACAAGUACAAUACCAAAAAAAAUUUUUUGUGCUUUAUAUACAUUAACUCCCCCCCCACCUUUUUUUUUUUAAAUAGAGGGAAUGUAUAUCAAUACACGUGGGCCAAGCGGGAGUUCAGAUUGGCAAUGCAUGCUGGGAGCUCUUUUGUCUGGAACACAAAAUCCAACCAGAUGGAUCAUUUGUGGACAAAGAUGCUCCUGGCUCAUCUGAUGACUCAUUUACAACUUUCUUCAGUGAGACUGACAAUGGCAAGCAUGUGCCCCGGGCAGUGUUUGUGGAUCUGGAAAGCUCUGUGAUAGGUAAGUGUUCUCUCUCUGGUGAUCUAAGCAUGAGUGAAUUGGCAUGUUUCUUCUUCUCCUGGCUAGUGCAUUAACUAGGGGCUGGGUGAAAUAGAGAAGCAGUACAGCACUACUCGAAGUCCUGUGCCCAACACUUUUCUAUUGCACCUAAACCCUAUUAACUAUACUAACAAAUAGGUCAAGAUAAAAAAAAAAAAUUUCCGUAGCCUCUGUAUUGCAUAGUAUUAUUUUGUGACAGUUUAAAAUUGCUAAUAUCAUCACUUGCCAAACCUGUAAAACAGCGACUGUAACUAGGCUGAUAGCAAUGGAACCGUUAAAUUGAUCCUAGGUGAUAAGUGGAACAUUAGGUGGCUUCCCAUAACCCUCUCCAAAACACCCAUUGAACUAGAAGGAAAAGCUCCUCAUUGGUGGAGCCUCUUCCUAGUAUGGGAAGAACUGUCUGUUGUGUCUGUACAAAUGCAAAAGCUUUACAAACUUUGAAGGUUUUGUUAUUGCUUUUUAAUUAAAUUUUUGUUUGAUUUAAAAGAAUAGUGCAAACCUCCAAAGCACUUCAAAAGAUAGCUGCACUUUUUUUUUAAUUAAGCUACUAGGUUGCCCAUUCUGGCCAUCAAUCAGACAGUCAGGUAGGUGCUUUUCACUUACUGUGAGCACUUGUUCAUAGAGAAGUUCUCUUUGAGAAGCAUUGGUUUGGCCAGAAGAUCAUCUUUAGUGAUGAUCUCCUAGAGGCAAAGUGUUACUGCAGCAAGGACGCUCUCUCACCACUGGUGAGUGAUUAACAGUUUGGUUUGAGUUUUCUUUUCUAUUAAUUGAGAUUGAAAAUAUCUUUUGUAUUGACUUGAACACUUUAAAUUCCCAGAUGAGGUGCGCUGUGGACCUUACCGCCAACUGUUUCAUCCAGAUCAACUGAUCACAGGCAAAGAGGAUGCAGCAAACAACUAUGCGCGUGGUCACUACACCAUUGGCAAAGAAAGCAUUGACUUAGUAUUGGACCGAAUCAGAAAAUUGGUAGGAAAUGGUUAAUCUUUAAUGUUACACUGUAAAGACACUAUUAGAAGCAUCCUGAUAUGGGUAUUUAUUAAAGGACCACUCUAGGCACCCAGACCACUUCAGCUUAAUGAAGUGGUCUGGGUGCCUGGUCCAGCUAGGGUUAACCCAUUUUUUCAUAAACAUAGCAGUUUCAGAGAAACUGCUAUGUUUAUGAAUGAGUUAAGCCUUCCCCCUAAUCCUCUAGUGGCUGUCUCAUUGACAGCCACUAGAGGCGCUUGCGUGCUUCUCACUGUGAUUUUCACAGUGAGAGCACGCCAGCGUCCAUAGGAAAGCAUUGUAAAUGCUUUCCUAUGCGACCGGCUGAAUGCGCGCAGCUCUUGCCGCGCGUGCGCAUUCAGCCGACUGGGAGGAGAGAAGGAGGAUCGGAGGAGGAGAGCUCCCCGCCCAGCGCUGGAAAAAGGUAAGUUUUUACCCCUUUCCCCCUUCCAGAGCCGGGUGGGGGCACCCUCAGGGCACUAUAGUGCCAGGAAAACGAGUAUGUUUUCCUGGCACUAUAGUGGUCCUUUAAGAAGUUAAGAAAAGAAAAUAUUAACAUACUAAACUAAGCCCUGCGCUCAAACUCUCACUACUCCUACAGCAAUGACCAUAGUACAAAUCAGCCCCAAUACAUACAAUAAAAAACAAAGAAAAUUGUUAAUUGCACACUAUCCCAAAUCCCUAUGCACAUUUAAAUAACUGGAGUUUUUUUAGUGUCCUCCAAUGGCCAUUAAAGUGUAAGCUCACCUGCCACAUCAAGGCAAAACCUCUCAGGUGAGCCCUACACUGCCUUGCUGUUUUCUUAGCGUGCCCUAGAGUGUGCCCUUUAAAACUACUUGCCUAGCUGUAUGUAGCUAGUGUCAGAUGGAAACUCUGCUUUGCUUACCUCCCAUUGGUUAUAUUGUGUUGAAGUUACAGAUAAUGACAAGUAGAUACUUUUACAAAUAUGAGUAAGUACAUAACUUGCUUAAAUUUACCUUAUUACAUCUUUAUAUCUAGAGUGAUGCCUGCUCAGGACUCCAAGGAUUUCUCAUUUUCCACAGUUUUGGAGGGGGCACAGGCUCGGGGUUCACAUCUCUUCUGAUGGAACGACUCUCCAUGGAUUAUGGCAAGAAGUCCAAGCUAGAAUUUGCCAUCUACCCAGCACCACAGAUCUCCACAGCAGUGGUGGAGCCUUACAACUCCAUUCUAACCACACACACCACACUGGAGCACUCUGACUGUGCCUUUAUGGUUGAUAAUGAAGCUAUUUUUGACAUCUGCCAGAGAAACCUAGACAUAGAACGUCCAACCUACAUAGAUCUUAAUAGACUCAUAGCUCAGAUUGUUUCGUCCAUCACAGCUUCACUACGUUUCGAUGGCGCCCUCAAUGUGGACCUGACUGAGUUCCAAACCAACCUAGUCCCUUAUCCACGCAUCCACUUCCCGCUGGUAACCUAUGCACCCAUAAUCUCAGCAGAAAAGGCAUACCAUGAGCAACUGUCUGUGUCAGAGAUUACCAGCUCCUGCUUUGAGCCAACUAACCAAAUGGUGAAGUGUGAUCCAAGACAUGGGAAGUACAUGGCCUGCUGCAUGUUAUAUCGGGGUGAUGUUGUUCCCAAGGAUGUCAACGUCGCUAUAGCGAAUGUAAAGACAAAGAGGAGUAUUCAGUUUGUGGACUGGUGCCCUACAGGGUUUAAGGUGCGUAGUGACACACACAAUGUCCUCUGUACGUGAAAUGCAGUAAUAUUUAAUGGCUAACUUGAUUAUAUUUAUUUAAGCUUACAAAUCAUGAGUAUCCUUAUAUAUGUGUUUGUGUAGACACUGAAUAUGUAUAAUUCCGAUAUAAUUUCUGCGUGUAUAAAGUAUGCUCAUAAUAUUAUGCUCAUAAUAUUGGCCAGACAGAGGGAUAUAUAUCAGAAAGGGAUGAUGGCAGAAGGAGAAAUGAGGAGAACAGACCGAUAUAACUGUUCAGUCAUGAAAUUGCAAAGAGCUUACAGACUGACUGAUUAAGGGGACAGAAAGGCAAGCAAUCAAAAUAUUAAAAUAUCUUUCAAAGUAUCAAAUAAUAAUACCACGCUUAUCCAAAAAUAUAAUCAUUUGAAAAGCGUAUCCAAAAUAUUAUAUCAAGGUGAUAGUGCGAAGGGCAGAGAGACACUGGGAGGAAAACAUACAGACAUAGCUAAGAAAGCUAUACAGACACUAGGCUAGGUAAGUGUAUUAGAUUUGACAGUGUGGGGUGGAGGGAGGUACCAGCCAUACUUCAGAGAAAGGGAAUGUUGACCAACACUGUGAUAAGAGAAGAUAGAAACAGAAAGGACUUCAUGUCAUACUGGGAAUAUAGACGCCUAGGUAGUUGGCCAGACUAAUUCAGGUCAAGAAGGGCAGAUGCAUACUUAGAAGAGAGAAGACAGGGGGAAAGAAUAUACAGGCACUAGGGUGGGGAACUUAGAAAAAUCCAAGGGGAUACAGAUUCUAGUAGAAGGGAAGUAAAGGCUGGAUGAAUGAAAGACAGUAACGUGCAAUGGGAAAGACAUAGAGAAACACUCUGGGCUGCAUGUAGGAGCAGACUGUAGGGUAGAAAACCAAAGUUGGACCGACACAGGGAUGGGGUGGCCAGACUGAUACAAAGGAGAGUGACAAACUGAAACAGGCUCAUGUACAAGUAUAUGUGGGGGAUAGAACAGAAAAUAGAAGAGGCUAACAGGUACAGGGGAGAAGGCACAAAUCAGGAAAUGAACUUAAAUGGAUAACAACUGAAGUUCCUUUGAUAUAUAUCAAUAUUAUGUUCUUUGUUCGUUUAUUAUACAUUUUCUUAGUGGGGUAAUUCUCAUGCUUUGUAGAAUGUUUAGUCUCUUCCAUAUCUCCAGAAACAAUUUAUUGAAGAAAAAUAUUCUCUUGUAUUUUUGUGUCUUAGGUUGGCAUUAACUACCAGCCUCCCACAGUAGUUCCAGGAGGGAAUCUGGCCAAAGUACAGCGCGCGGUCUGCAUGCUCAGUAAUACAACUGCCAUCGCUGAGGCGUGGGCCAGACUUGAUCAUAAAUUUGAUUUGAUGUAUGCCAAGCGUGCCUUUGUUCACUGGUAUGUUGGGGAAGGCAUGGAGGAAGGGGAGUUUUCUGAGGCUCGAGAGGACUUGGCAGCACUGGAAAAAGACUAUGAAGAGGUGGGAAUGGACUCCUUUGAGGAAUUGAAUGACACCGAAUAAUACAGAAGAAGAAGUCUCAGUGUUUCAAAUAAAAUUAACCAGAAAUAAACAUACUGAAACUUAUUUUGAUUUGGAAUAAUCAUUUGUUUUCCAAAUAUCCGCUACACUUAUACAUAUGAAGGAAAGAUAAUACUCACUCUUAAUUAUAGCUUACUUACUGUUGAAUACCAUACUCUCUCUAACUUCUAUCAUUAUUUGAUAUUACCCUACAGUCAGCGGUGUAUUUUGGAUUUGUGUUGCCCUAGGCACCUCCCCCCAUAUUUAAAUUUCCCCUACCCCUUCUUGUCAAGGACCCACUUUGACUGACAGACACUUUCUUACUGAUGCAUUCACUGACCUACACUCACUAAACUAUAGUCAUCGGCACACAUACUGUUUAACCAACACACAAUUUCACUGACAGACAGACACACACACACACACUGACAAACAAUGACAUACAUACUGAUUUGACACACUCUGACAGACGCGCACACACUCACUGACAGGCGCACACUCAUUGACAGACACACACUUUCAUAUACACUGUUUUUGACACACUCUGACAGACGCACACACUCACAUAUACACUGACAAACAAUGACAUACACAAAAACUCACUGAUUUAACACACUCACUGACAGACGCACACACUCACAUAUACACUGACAGACGCACACUCAGAUAUAUACUGACAAACAAUGACAUACACAAACACUCACUGAUUUGAAACACACAGACGCAGACACAUUUCCCCCAACACUCACAGACACACACACACUUUCCCCAACACUCACAGACACACAUACACACUUCCCCCUGCGCGGGCAUGAAGUGAUAUCAUAUUCCGGCUCCCGGCUUCACUAAGAGGCAUAGAAGGGAGUUGAGCAGAAAGAUAAGAGCUCCCUCGCUGGCCACCGCGAUAGAAGCUGCCGCCAGCCUCAGGGUGGGGAGGGGGGUGGAUCAAAAGUGCCCAGACGGCCAGCUCUUGAGCCCCCCAGGACACAAGGCAAACAAGGCAUCCGCCUGGGCGUUUGGGUGUGGCUUUUUUUGCCGCCCCCUGCAAAGUGCCGCCCAAGGCAAAUGCCUUGUUUGCCUCGUGUAAGAUACAUCGCUGCCUACAGUACAAUCCCCCCCAUACACCUCAUUCCCUGUAACAACUCAUCUUACAUGUAACCUACCUUAAUGCAAACAUGUAUUCCUGAACCUGUAAUAUUUAAUCCACCAUUUAGGUGGCUUGUCUGGCUCUCUGUCCCCACCCCCAAUCCGUCUCCUUGGUGACAUCAUCGGAAUUGCCCAUUUUUAGCCAAUCCAAUGCUAUGGGAAAGCAUUGCAUUGGCUGAAAUCACAAAGGAGGCAGUGCCAAAUGCUGUUUUAGCCAAACAGCACCUGCUCAUAGAGGAAAAUUCAGGGUCCCCAUGCAGAGCGUGGAGACGCUGAACGGCAGUGCUGCCUACUGUGCAGCACUGCCCCAGGAAGCACCUCCAGUGGCCAUCUGAAGAGUGGCCACUUAGAUGUGUCUCUAGGGGGCAAUGUAAACACUGCCUUUUUUCUGAAAAAGCAGAGUUUGCAUUAAAAUGCCUGAAGACAAUGAUUAUAGUCACUAGAACAACUACAUUAAACAUAGUUGUUCUGGUGACCAUAGUGUCCCUUUAAUAUAAUCAUUCCAGAAAACUAAUUAUCCAUAGAACCUCUUAUAACAUUUCCCAAUAUUCUAUAUAAGCCAUGCCUAUAGUUCCUCCUUAUAUGCCACUACUUCCCUAAUUAUAGAUUCACCCACUGCACACCAUAACUGUUGAUCCUACUGACCCAUGUUCCCUUGCCAAUAACUCAUUUUAUUUUUCCAUAUAAUUCCUCUUAUUGACCCUGCCUACAUCUCUUUUUAUUGCACCAUAUAAUAAGAGAUCAUAAACCACAUUAGGCCUGCACAGUUCCACCUUUAGAACAGAAAUGUCAGAGCUUCGCGCCACCCAAAAGCUAAAUAAAGUCUAGCUAUGCUAUUUGUUUUUAUUUGAUUUGAUUAAAAAAGUAAUUUACAUUUUUUUUAUAGAUUUAUUUUCUAGGCAUGUAAAUUACAUUAGCCCCACAGUAGUAUAUGCCCAUGUGUGAAUAGCUUUAAUAAAGGUAUGCAAAGUGUGUGCUCUUCUUGUAUUUUUGUUGAGCUAAACAUGAAAGCACUACGACACCUUACGUAUGACUCUAGGCCUAACUGAUAUCUUAAUAAGACAUUAACAGACAACCUGUUUAGUCACACAUACACCAUAUAUGUGUGUGAAUGUUUUCUCGUUACUGUUCUUGGUUUACUUCUUAGGUGAUUAGAAUGUGUCGUCAGCAACAGCCCAAAGUGACGUAAGUAAUGGCACUCUCUUACAAGGCUCAAAGGGUCUGAAAAAAUUGUAAAAAUAUAGAAGAGUUUGUGUGCAUCAAUUAAUAUUACCACAGGCCCUAUUCUAACCUGAUGGCUAUUUGGAUGACGCUUUAUCUAAACCUUCGCAGAAAUUCUAAAUGCCAAUCGACUCUCCAUAGAGUCUGAAAUUAUGUUACUUUGACAGGUUAAAAAGUAAGGUAAAGAUGAAUGAGGAGGCAUGGUGAAAGGAAACUGAAAUGUCAGUAGGGAGUGCUGUUCUCCCUAAUAUAGCAGUAGGAGAUCAGGAUUGGAAGAGAACUAGAGAGAGGGGUUGGUUGAUGUGAGAAACUGAAGUACUAGAUGGGACUGAAAUUCAUGUUCAAGAUCUCCUUGAUGGCAGUAUGUCUAUUAAAGUGACACUAAAAGCUCCAUAACUAUUACAGCCCAUGCAGUGAUUAUGGUGCAGAGGUGCCCUAACACUCUCCCAGAGUAAUCUGUUAAAAUAUUUUAGAAAGGUUUCACAACUUACCUGGGUCCCCCAGGCACCUGAGCUAUUGCUGAUCUCCUGCAGGAGAAACAAAUGUCCUUAUUGAGCUAAGGAGGUCUGAUACAGAACUGCACUUAUUGGCAGAGUGGAUCUAGCCAAAUUCUCCUACAAGGAAAAUGCGGGUGCACGGAUGCAGACAGGACCCAG